GCACAACUCAAAUACACAAGCAAAAAACACUAAAAUCAUGAAGAGUCCUCAAGUUUGUUCCAUUCUGCAGUCGAUCUUCUUUGUUCUUUUAUUUUUCACCAUCUCAUCAGCAGCUGAUCGUACUUCUGGCCAAGACUUUGUUCAAUGUCUUAUCCGGUCGAGUUCAACCUCCAUAUCCAAAGCUAUUUACACAUCACAAAACUCUACCUACACUUCUGUCUUGAAAUUCUCCAUUAAUAACCUCAGGUUUGACACUCCGGCGACUCCUAAACCUAUUGUUAUUGUCAAACCUGAGGACGAGUCGCAGAUCCAAACUGUCAUUUAUUGUUCCAAGAAACAUGACAUUCAGAUGAGGAUUCGAGGGGGAGGGCAUGACUACGAAGGUCUCUCGUACGUAGCCCAAGUCCCGUUUGUGUUACUUGAUAUGAUUAAUCUUCGUUCUAUCAAUGUUGACCCUGUAAAAGCAACGGCAUGGGUUGGAGCUGGUGCAACGCUUGGAGAGCUGUAUUAUUAUAUUGGUCAGAAGAGCGAUACCCUUGGAUUUCCUGCAGGGAUAUGGUCAACAGUAGGUGUAAGCGGACUCGUCAGUGGUGGUGGAUAUGGCACAUUGAGACGCAAGUAUGGCCUUGCUGCUGAUAACGUGCUCGAUGCACGCUUGAUUGAUGCCAACGGCAGAAUUCUUGACAGAAAAUCAAUGGGAGAAGAUUUGUUUUGGGCCAUCAGAGGAGGCGGAGCUUCUAGUUUUGGAGUCAUUCUUUCCUGGAAACUGAAGCUAGUUUCUGUUCCAAAAAUUGUCACCGUCUUCGAAGUUGAAAGAACUUUGGAGCAGAAUGCAACUGAAGUGCUUCACCGUUGGCAAACUGUAGCCCCGAGGCUUCCCAAAGAUGUUGAAAUGCGAGUGGCUGCCAACACAGUGUGGAAGAAUCUGCCUAAUGAACCGCAGAAAACUGUACAGGACGAUGGUUCUGGCAGUUUGGAAGAUAGUAAAACGGUGAGCGUGAAUUUUAUAGGACAGUUUCUUGGACGGAAAGAAGGACUACUGUCGAUGAUGAACAAGAGGUUCCCAGAGUUGGGAUUGGAGGCAGAAGCCUGCACUGAACUUACCUAUAUUCAAUCUAUACUCACGUUUUCUCUAUUCCCAGCCGAUGCUUCUCCUACUGGUUUGUUGAACAGGACUGCCUAUAAAAUUCCUUUUAAAGCCAAAUCAGACUUCGUGGACAAGCCCAUAUCGAGGGAAGGGCUUGAGGGGUUGUGGAAAAUCCUUCUUCAGCAAGAUCCUGGAAGAACGAAUUUCCUAUUCACCUCGUAUGGUGGAAAGAUGGCCGAAAUAUCAGAAUCUGCAAUUCCAUUCCCUCACAGAGCAGGAACCCUGUACAUGAUGUACAUGAGAGUGCGGACUGAUGGAGACACAUCCAAUGCCAUGAAGUGGAUCAGAGGCUUGUACAAGUACUUGACUCCUUAUGUUACCAGCUCUCCCAGAGCUGCAUACGUCAAUUACAAUGAUCUAGACUUGGGAGUGAACAAUCUUCAAGGCCCUACCAGCUACAAGCAGGCCAGUAGAUGGGGCAGGAAAUACUUCAAGAAUAACUUCAAUCGGCUUGUUAAAAUCAAGUCAGCUGUUGAUCCUGGUAACUUCUUCAGGCAUGAGCAGAGUAUUCCUCCUUUCUCUUGAUUUCAUAGUCAUGCUUCGUCAUUUUAAUAAUCCAGUCGAUCAGGUAAUGCAGGCGGCUUCGUUACUCGAUCAUAGCGGUCAUUUCUCCCGAAAUAAUUGUAUCAGAUUUUUUUUAUUUGAAAUAACAUUCUUUUAUUUGUUAAGAAUUGA